GCACUUUCUUCACCCUCCUGACCGCGCGGCGGAGACCUUCCGGAGCGUCUCUCUCCCUUCUCCCCUGAUUCGUUUUUCACAACGCUAAACUAAGGAUCUUUCUUACGCUUCUUCUGGAUUUGCCUCGCUUCUCAGAUGCUUCGCUUUUCUCUGACAAGCACACGCCGCUUCGACGGCUCUCCCUCUCUAUUUCUCUGAAGAAUGAGCUGUCUCUGUCGCGCUCCUCAACUGCAUGCGCCUCCAAUUCUGCAUCUCGCUUUCAAAGCAUUGUUCCUCUCCACGCGUUUUCCUCUCUUUUUCGUAGGAUUCUUUUACAGUAAGAAUCAAGGCUGCCAGGCUAGCCUGCAGGUGUGCACCUGCGAACUGGAUUCGUUUUUUUCCUCCUCUGCGUUUGUCAAAGAAGCGACAGUAAACACCCGAGGCAAGAAGAACUCUUCCUUGUCGCUGUCUCGUUUUGCUUUCUCCUCUCUCCAACGCUGGACUGUCUCUCUGUCUCCGUCCCUCUCUUUUUCUCUUCCUCUCCCUUCGGAAAACAUGGCGACUAACCACCGUCUUUGUUCCUCCUUUCUUCUCCUUGCUCUGCUUUUUUCCGUCUCUCUCCAGCAGUUCUCAAGCCUCUCCUCUCUCUCUGCUUCUUCUGCCGCCGCGUCUCUUUCUCCCUUAUCUCUCUGCCUCGGCGCACAAGGCGCGAGUACCGAGGAGCUGACGUCGAACUCUGCGGACGAGGAAGACGACGAGGAUGAAUUCAUCUACCAAGACGCUCCAGAAGCUCAGGCUCCCUCGACAGGCGAAUCUUCAGGAGCGCAGACAGCCGGCGGAACACAGGAGAAAGAGGCUUCGCGUUCGGCUCCUCGUCCUGGGCGAGUUCUCCAAGAAAAGUCCUACGUUCCGGAGGCGCUCUUUGUGUGCGCCCUCGUUCUCGUGAUCGUUGUCGCGUACUGGGGCAAAAAUCAGAAUGUGAAGGUUGCCGAUGCCUGGAUUGCCUCCGUCGCUCCGCUCCUCAAAGAGAACUUCGCCGUCGUCGGGUACGAGAACUCUUACCUAGUGAUGAAAGCGUACAACAUUUUUGAGCUUUACUGCACCGGCCGACGGAACUGCUUCUACCUCCACGGCGUCUUGCAGUGCUUGCCGCGCCAGUGCCUGUGGCGGUACUUUGUGCUGCACCCGCUUUUUCGCUCGCGAGCCGACGACGCCGGGAACAGCGUGACUCUGGAACUGCUUCUGCCGCCUUCUUCGGAGCCGAGCGUUGUGGCCGUCUGCAAGCGCACCGAGCAGAAGCAGCUCAUGAACAACAACUGGGACUUGAGGGAAUUUGCAAAGGCGCGGAGUGCGAGCAGCAAUCCGAAGCUCGGGCAGCUGGGGUCGACCCUCCAAGCGUUCAGCGACACCAGCGAGGCUCUCGACGCCGUGAUUUUGGGGAACAAAACCAUCACUAAGACGCUCAGCUCUUGUAUGGAGCACUUCCGGUUUAUUUACCUUUCGGACAUUUGCUCGUCUCUGCAUCCCUCGACUCUCGCCACUGCGGCUGCAUGUCCAGCCGCGGCUGCUCCUGGCGCGUCCGCCAACAACAGAAACCGCAGAGUUCUGCGCAUCAGCUUUUUCCUGCCGCCAGUCGACCGCAUGGCAGAAGUCGAGCCGCUUCUUCGUCUCGUUCUCUUCAUGGCAGAUCAGUCGCGGCAUUUGGGCUUGAGCGACAAGAGCAUUGAAGUGGCGAAAAAGAUGCGUCAGCAGUACCAGAAGGAGAUGCUGAAGGAGCAAGAGGAACAGCGCCUGGAGCAACUGGAGAAGCGGCGAUCGGAGAAGAAACGCCAAGAUGAAGAGAAAUACGAAAAGAUGACCCCGGAGCAACAGCGAAAAUAUGAGGAGAAGGAGUAUAAGAAGUCUCUCAAGCAACGCGGACGUUUCAAGGUCCUCAAGAUGUAAAUCGACGCCCCUGCGUCAGCCGCAGCGCCCAGAAAGCUCGGCCCGCCAGUUCCACAUUUCCUCUCUCUGCCUACAUCUCGGCAGAGGAAAGAAAUCAUCAGACGGGCAGAAAGAUAGGAGAGGAAGGAAGAGCGAGGCAAGGAGACACACGCGAGGCAGGGUGGUGCAGGAAAGUAGACCAGAGGGCAGGGCAAAGAGAGCGAGAGAAGAGGAAGCAAGACGAGUUCGACAGAGCGCAUACGUUUCCCGUUCCGGGAGAAACGGGCGUACAUACAAGGGCGGUGGGUGUUUUCCAGAGAGAGGGGAGAAUCUCGCAAAAAAGGGAGAAGUUAUCCCACGUGGUUUUCGAGUCUUUCCGUGCGUCGGUUUUGCGUGUGUCGCCUCGCACCACGCUCGUCGCCUUUUUGUUUUUUCGGGGAAAAAACGACUCUCGUGAGCUACAGAGACACCGCGAUCUGCCUGUGGCAUGGAAUCGGUUUCCCCUAUCGAGGCAAAUUUGUUUCACGCGCUUAUCCGUUUCUUGAUGUACCCCGAAGUUUCCUUCACGCAAACCAGAACUCGCCCAUUUGAAAAAUUCGCAUGCAGAGAUCUCCUCCACAAACGCUGCGGCCUACAUACGGAUAACGGGAGAGGUCUGCUUCCCUCCAGCCAUAGGCGUUCUCCAUAUGUUUUCCCAGUCCGCUUGGUUCACCUGAUAAAUCUUUUCUUCCACCCUUUUCAGGCUGUCAAACACUCUCCAUUCCACCUUCUCUAGAUUGAAGAGCAAGCCCCCGUAUUUUCGCCUCUGCAUGCAUGCGUACAUCGGGAUUCUCGAAACAAUCACCUGAGAUGAAAU